AUGCAUAGGGGUCACCCAAAGGGCCCCUACUAUGUGCAGAAUGAGACGGUGCAUUUCGCGAGGAAGCACAAAGCCGAUGAUGGGCUCGAGUUUAAUCGUGAUGAGAUCAAAUUCGAGCCAGCGAAAAUCGUGCCUGCUCACGAGUUACUCGAGAAAAUGAAACAAAGAAAGAUUGAGGUCGAAGUGCAUCCAGAUGAUCGAAAACAAGAUGAUGAUUAUGUGAACGAGAAACAGGAUCCCGAUGAAAAGGAUUACAAACAACAU